AUGCUCAAACGAAUCGGAUGCGGGCUCAAUCACAGUGUCUGCGUUCUCGAAGAUGGCAGCGUCUACGUAUGAGGCUUAUCUAAAAAUGACGAGCUCGGAGUCCCUGAACUAAAAGGUUUUGCUCAAUACACCCCUUACUCUUUUGACACCUCAUCAGACGAAUCCCAUUAUUCCGCAAUUGAAGUGGCAGUAGGAGAUACCCACACUGCUUUAUUGAUUAGAGAUGUAUCAUUACCUCCCUUAAAACUUAUUUAUUCAGCUGAAAUACCUAUAUCCAAGAUCUUUAAUCAAGUUUUAGAAUCCGUAAAAACGAAAUGUGUCACUAUGUCUAAUUAUCACACACAGAAGUGAAAAGGAGCUAAAGCCAUCAGCAGGGAAAAAGUUGCAGCCUUUUUCAAUGAAUUUUUAACGAACGAAAAUGAAGAAAUAAUCCAGGAAAUAACUGAUUUAUUGAUGACAAAGGCUGACCAAAACGGAAAAAUCUUAUAUAAAGAACUCAGAGACCAAUUAUAUGGGUUCAGAGUUGACGAUGGAAGAGUGAUGACUUGGGGCUGCAAAGAUAACGGGAGACUGGGGAGAGGCGACCCUAGAGAAAUGGAAAAUUCAAAAGAAAGGCUCGCACAUCUCCCUGAAGAGAUUUCGAUUACUAAAAUCAGUUGUGGAGGACAGCAUACGUUAGCUAUAUCAAUGGGGAGAAAAUUAUUUUCAUGGGGUGCGAAUGCAUAUGGACAGCUUGGCACUGGCAAUACUAAAGACCAAUUUAUCCCAGUGCAAGUUACAAUAGAAGCUGAAUAUCUAGUUGACAUAGCUGGAGGAGGUUCUCAUUCACUUGCACUAGAUAACGAAGGAAAUGUGUAUUCAUGGGGUUUAGGAGAAGGUGGACGCUUAGGCCAUGGAGAAAGCAAUCUUGAGCUCUUCCCAAGAAAAAUUAGAACCCUUGAUGACGUUGAAUCAAUCGCAGCUGGACAUUCGCAUUCUGGAUGCAUUAGAAAAGGAGAAAUCUAUACCUGAGGAGUUGGGACUUAUGCCCGAUUAGGCCAUGGAACUUUAAACAACGAAUUCAGUCCAAGAGCUUUAGACUUUUUCAAAGGCCGCUACAUGUGGAAGCUCUGCUUGUCCUUUUUCCAUUCAGCUGUGCUAGCUAUGAACGGAGAAGUCUGGGCAUGAGGAAAUUCAAAAAAUGGAAGACUUGGUGUACCCAGUUCAAGUGGAGAAAAUCAGCUGAUCCCUGUAAGGGUUGGCAUGGGCACUAUGAUGGGGGCAGUCAAAAUUGUCGACGUUGCUCUAGGCUAUAAGCAUGGUUUAGCUCUAUCCAAAAGAGGUCAACUUUUUGCCUGGGGGGAUGGUUUAGAUGGCAAACUUGGUAUAAACUCCAAAGCUUUAGAAGAGCCGAUCCCUAAAGAAGUAAAACUCCCCAAAGUCCACAGCAAAAAAAAGGAAGGGAAAUUAGACUUUAUGCCUUUAAAGUCUACAGCAGUUUCUUCAGUAUACUGUGGAGAUUUUAAUUCGUAUUGUUUAACAAAUGCAGGAGAAGUGCUUGCCUGGGGAUCCAAUGCAAAAGGACAGCUUGGAAAUAAGCCUUCAAAUGAGCCUGACCAAAGUGGAGAUGAAAUAGAAGAAGAUGAGCCUGAAUAUACAAAUGAUAUAGAAAGAACAAUGCCGAGGCCUGCUUCACAAUUUAAAGGCCGUAAUAGUUAUACACCGCUGCUAAUGGAUGUAUUUAGAAAAGAAAAGUUCAGGCUUCUUGCAUCGUCUGGAGAAUAUGUCCUUGCAUUAGGAGUAAAUGGAAAAGUUUGGGCAUGGGGAACGAAUGAGCAAGGACAGCUGGGUAUUGGAUAUAGUGAAAGCACAAGAGUUAUUAGAAGACCUGUGAUGGUGGCUGCAUUCAAAAGAAUUGAUAUAAAAUUAAUUGCAGCAGGCCCUUAUCAUUCAGCUUUUUUAGCUGAUAAUGGAGAAGUAUAUAUGACUGGAAGUGCAGAAUAUGGAAAACUUGGCCUUGGUGAUGGCGUCUUGACAGGAAAAAGCUCAAUUCAAUAUAUACCAAGAAUGGUGCUUGGCUUACCUAAUGUAAAAAACAUCUCAUGUGGCGUCACACAUACAGCAGCUCUUGAUUAUUCUCACCAUCUCUGGGUAUGGGGAAGUGGCUGGUUUGGAAAACUCGGACUUUCUGACGCAAUAGACCGUGUUGUCCCUACCCUUGUAGAUUUUAAGACCUUUCAGCCCCCAUCUCAGACUGGUUUAAAAGAAGUUGCAUGUGGAGAGCAUUAUACUUUAGUUUUGUCCCUUGAUGGCUAUGUAUAUGGAGCUGGACUUGCUAAAUUUGCAGGGCUGCAAAUGGUUGGCUCAAAUGAAGCUAUUUCUUUCCAAAGAGUGGUCAAAAUUGCGAGUGCUGUAAAAGCCAUAUCAGCUGGAAGAGACCAUUCAUUAGCUGUUACUAAAAGAGGACAAAUUUAUGGAUGGGGAAAAGUAACUUCAGGAAAACUCGGCCCAGGACCAUUUGUAUAUGUUGCAGAUGACCCAACUGUAGCCUUGCCAGGACAGCUGAUUAUGUCACAUGAUACGGUGUUUGAAAGGGCAGUCUGUGGAAGUAAUCAUUCAUGCGCUUUAACAGUAGAUGGCGAUGUGUUUGUAUGGGGUAGCACUGGGUCUGGGAGACUUGGACUGGCUUAUAUUGAUGACCCUGAAAUAAAAGUGCCUCAAAAGCUAUAUGGUGUUAAUAAAUGGCUAUCAGAAAAUAAAGAAAUUGCCGAAACACAAGUUGAUGAUGUUGAAGAAGGAGACAAUGAAUAUUUUUUGCAGACUUUAAUAAAAAAUGAGCCCGCGGAAAACUCUGAAGAAACUUUAUUACUGAAUGACCAAAAAAUCAUAUCAAAACUUGACAAUUUAUUGAUGAUGUUUGACAAGGUAAGAGAAGUAGAGCUUGAAAGGACAAAUUCUCUGAGCUACUUAGAAAGCUUAAUCGUUGCUAAAAUUGAAAAAAUGCCUCAAGUCGGAACUCCGCUCUUUAAACUUACCUUACCUCCUAUCAUCUCCAAAAAUAUCCAGCUUUACGAAUAUUUAUUAGGCUGUCUCCAAAGCCACCCUUGCUACCUAGGCAGUAUCAUUGAAAAAAAUCCAAACUUGCCAAGCACUCAGCUUGCAGACAUCAUCAAUGGCAUAUACGGUAACAUGAAAAACGACCCUAUAAAAAUGCGAAGACUUAUGCUUCUUUAUAAAAUCGCUCUCACAAUCUCAGUCGGAAAAUCAGAUUUCAAAAGAUCACUAAAAGUCAAAGCCAGCGACAUUGCAUCAGAAAUUUACUUUAAGCUCCUCAGAAGUCAGCCUACAAACAUCCAAUUCAUUUCAGGCCUCGCUGCAGAAAUAAUGAAGCUCGUCUACAAAGCCAGCAAAAAUAGUGUAAAAAAAGACAAGCCCAAAGUUGUAAAAGAAGUUUUUGUACGAAAACCAUCCCAAGCUUCUUCAAAUAAAGGAAGCAAUGAAGAAAACAAGACAGAUGAAGAUCAUGGCAGCGCGCCUGAAGCUCCACCUCAAGACGAAAUCAGAAGUCAGCCUGAAGAAAUUAAAAGCCAAUCAGAGGAAGAUCCUCAGAAUAUCCGUAUGGCGACUAAUGAAGCUGUUGACCAUGAAAAACACAUGGAUGAAAAUAGAGUUAUUGAUGAAUCAAUUCCUGAAGUAGAAAGAAUGAAAAUCAAGGACGCUCUGAAUUAUAAACAAUUAGAAGAACUAGGAGAGCUUCCAUAUGAACUGCAAAUAGUACUAAAAGAAAGAAUAAGCCUGUUUAAGAAAACUGCUGGAAAAGCAAGAAAGCUUAUUUAUCAAGUAUUAAGUCAUAGUCCAAAGGUGAGGAAACGGUUUUCAGCUACACAAAAACUGUCAAAUGAAGUAAAGUUCAUGUAUAAGGAUAUUCCGUCUGUCUUUUUAGAGCAUUUUCCUUCACAAUGUAAUACCAUUGAAGGCAAAGCCAUUUUGGAUUCAAAAAUAGUUUCGCUGUUCUUUUUACCAUUAGUGGAGCUGCUGAAAGAGCCUUAUCAAUUGAAAAGAAUGGGGAUUGAAGAAUUUAAUAACUCUUUUCGUAAAAAAGGAGCAGGGCCAAAAGAUGAAGCCGGGCUUAAAAUAAGUUUCAAUGAAUUUAUAACACUAUAUGGAAAUAACGUGAAACUCAUUGCUGAAGAUUUAGAGAAAGUUGCUGAAAGAGCACAAGGAUAUGUGGUAGAUUUUGAUGAAUAUAGGAAAUCUUUGGUUGAUGAAUUAAUUAAUGUCCCUGAUUUAAAUUUGCAGGAUUUGUCGUUAGCUGACCUUUUCACUCAAUGUUUGGCAGCAGAAGACCCAAAUCUUACAAUAAAGGUCUGCGAUAUUGCCAGUAUUCAUUUGCUAUUACUACAACACUUAGAUAUACUAAAAGAAUCGUUUUCUGAGGAUGAUCCUGUUGUCUUGAUUAUUGAAAGCUUCGGAGAUAUCACUGAGCUAUAUAAGAAAAUCCUAAAAAGUGAUACAAAGGAUAUAAAAAUGAACUUAAAUCUGCCAAUAAGAUGACUGCUAAGAGAAAGAGGAAUCCAAACAUGCCCAAAGUGCAAAAGUCCUUUAACUUAUUCUUUAUUGAAAAAUAAGCCUCCAGAAGACCGCGUAGAUGAGCCUACUACUGUUACAAAAUUGUGGAACUGCUGGAGCUGUGGGAACACUCAAGAUGGGUGACACAUGAAAUGCUUACUCCCCCUCCGUGAGCGAACAAAAAAUGUUUUUAUAAAAAAAUAUUUUGAUAUAUAAAUGAUAAUUAUUAUAAUAAAACAUCUAGCUAACUAUUGAAUUUUAAACACUUACAACAUAAAUUUUGUAAAUUAAAUUAAUUUUAGCUUUGCAAUUUUCUCAAAUUUGGUAAAAAAAUUACUAUAAAAUUAAUGAGCAAAAAAAAUUUUUUUUUCGCUUGCGGGGAGGGGGGAAAUAGAGUGUGAAGCUGUCAGGCGUGAAUUCCCAAUUGAAGCUUUAAUUAACUGUUUCAGGCCGUUUUACAAUAGUAAAGAACUUCUUGCCUUCGUAAAUAUUUUACAUGACAUCCCAAGAAUUCCUCCAAAAAUCACUCCCCAUAAAUUUAUGAAAAAUAUUGUGGAAAAAGAUAAAAGUGAUUUUUCAAUGGCUCACAAAAUAAAUGGUUUUUUCAGGUCCAUUUUAGAUAAUAAGCCAAUUGAAAAGACAGAGGAUGAAGCUAUUGAAGACGCUAUAAAAGACUUUGAAAUUCAAGCGAAGCACGAAUACGACUUGAGAACUGGGCAUAGAGCUUAUCUAGACUCUAUAAAUCAAAUGCUGCUUGAAGUAGAAGAAGAAAUAAGGCUAGGAUGUAACCAAUUUCAGCAGAACACAAGAACAAUUUUAAAGCAAGCCUCUCUUGCAAUUAAAACUGGGAAAAAUACAUCUGAGGUAAAAUUUAAUGACGCAAGUACUAAUAAGAUUAAGAUUAAGAUUACGCUGGGUAUUUAAGGUCCCUACUACGUCCGAGGUCGCAUGCCACGGUUUCCCGUGUGGUGGCAGAGCGUUCACCAAGCCCGGGCCGAAACCCCGGUUUCUCGUAGAGAGCAUUGUCAAGGGCCGUCUCAUACCGGCUCUGCUGACCACCUCCAUUUCCAACUUGGAUCGUCGCCUAAGUUUACGCCAACUCCGCUUCGUCGUCCGCCAGAUCUGCCCAUUGAAGGGCACCUUUUCAACUGGAGAGACCCCCGUUUUGGUGUCUAACUCGCCUCCCCUCUUUUCCGGUCAUCCCGAGAAAGAACUCAACAGCUUUCGCCAUUCGGGGCGAGCCACUAAAGCAGCUUAGGCAGGUAAUUCACCCUGCCUCAUUUUGGGCACUCACUGGGCUGAGCGCUGCUGGCAAAAAGAGGUCACGAAUAACUGCCCAUGGAUCUGGUCGCAAAAACAGCGGCUCUCGCGCUUAGGCCUCUCGCUUCGAGGUCCCAGAUGUUGUUGGGCUAAUUCCUGGCUCCAAAAACCAUGCCCGGAUAUACAUGGGUAACCACCACUGAGAGGGGUGGGUCGGUCGCCAUACGCCAUUUUAUGUAUAUGCAAUACUAAUAAAAGAGCACAAGGAAGGUUUAAUAUUGACUAUUUGAAGAAGAAAAAAAUUUUAAUUAAUAUGAAUGUCCCACCUGCUGUUAUGAAAAACACGAUAUUUUUAUUUACAGAGACUGAGACUGGGUCUUUUGAUGUAAAAGUAGGGUUCAGCAAAUUUAUACAAAACAUCAGGAGGCUUUGAGAAAUUUCUGAAAGUCGUUUUAGCAAGAAAACCAUGAAAUCUGUUUUUGGAAAAAAAUAGUUAAGUCGAAUAAAAUAAACUUUUAAUAGAAAAUUUUAACCGACUUGCAAUGGUUUCAUUUAAUAGACAUGGAUAAAUGGUAUGAAGUCGGAGAAGCAAAAUACUAGCGUGACUGAGAAAUGAAAAAUAGCAGAGUUGGAGAUAAGAAAUCUACAUAAGUCGCGAUCUUAGGUUAUCGGCAAGUUGGUGCUAAAAUUAACGGAAAUUUUGAUGAACCCUACCAAGUCUUCAAUAUAAAACCAAUACAAGUCGAGUAAUUAAAAUAUGAUCAGAUCAAUUAAUCUUAAAUUUAAAAAAAGCACCAUUUUCUUAUAUUUUUUCGAUAAUGUAAAAUAUAUAUAAAUUUCAGUGUCGUGAUUAUGAAACCAUUUAUAGUAGAGAAAUUAAAACUGUAGCAGGUAGGCUAUGAGAAAUAUUAGGAAGUCGUUGCGAGUUUUAGUAUCCAAUAAAAUAAGUAUAGUCGAUUAAAAACAAAAUUAAAUUAAAAUCUUUGAUUGGGGGUCUUAAAAUAAGGCAUAUAAAAUUAAAUAUGAAUCCAGGAUUUACUCACCCUCUUUACGGCGAUUUCGCAGAGAUACUCAGAACUGAAGAUAACGCAAUAAAUUGGUGCCAAGAAGUGAAAAUAAUGCAGCCAAACAUUUGUGAUAUAUGCCAUAAUCCAUGCCUCUCUUAUUGAAAUGGAGGAUCUAUGUUUCUACGUUGUACUUUAUGCAAUUUAAGUUUUUUCAAUUCGAAGAAGAUCCAUAUUUUCCCAAUCAAGACUCUCAAUAAGCAAGAUGGUUAGGUUAAUUUUCUAUUGUUUCGUCCGAGAACAGUCCAUGAUAACUAUUGUUGAAGACAGCGAAAUAUCAAAAGAUGCUGUUAUAAAGCUGUUUAAAAAGCUGAGAGCUUUAAUAAGUGAACAUGAGAUUGAAAAUUAUUUUACUGAUAAUCAGCUUGGAAUAGAAGAUGAAGAUGGGCAAGAUCAUCCAACUGUAGAACUUGAUGAAACUCAUAUUAUGACUAUGGAUCAUAAUCCCAAAUGGCUAUUCGGAAUUUUUGACAGAGGAACAGAAGACUAUAGAUUUACUAUGUAGGCAACGAUAGAACUUUGGGAAAAUUUAUCAGGAUAUAUUCUAAAUGCAGUAUCAAACGAUCAAAUGAAUGCUACAGAAGUAUUUAUAGAUGGCUGAGCAGCUUACAGACAGCUUCCAACAUUAGAAUAUCACCAUUCAAUUGUUUUUCAUAAUCAAGACUUUGGAAUUGGAAGGCAAACAACUAAUCGUAUUGGAAACAUUUGGAGCAGGCUAAAAAGACUAAAGGCUUAUAGAAAUGGUUUUCGCCCAAAAAAUGAAAAAAAUUUGGAUAAUUACUGUAUGUUUUUUUAUUGGCUUCUCAAACUAAAAAAUAUACCAGAAAGAAUAGACUCAUUGAUACAAGUUUUUAAAUAUCUCUAAAUUUUAAUUUAAUUUUGUUUUUAAUCGACUAUACUUAUUUUAUUGGAUACUAAAACUCGCAACGACUUCCUAAUAUUUCUCAUAGCCUACCUGUUACAGUUUUAAUUUCUCUACUAUAAAUGGUUUCAUAAUCACGACACUGAAAUUUAUAUAUAUUUUACAUUAUCGAAAAAAUAUAAGAAAAUGGUGCUUUUUUUAAAUUAAGAUUAAUUGAUCUGAUCAUAUUUUAAUUACUCGACUUGUAUUGGUUUUAUAUUGAAGACUUGGUAGGGUUCAUCAAAAUUUCCGUUAAUUUUAGCACCAACUUGCCGAUAACCUAAGAUCGCGACUUAUGUAGAUUUCUUAUCUCCAACUCUGCUAUUUUUCAUUUCUCAGUCACGCUAGUAUUUUGCUUCUCCGACUUCAUACCAUUUAUCCAUGUCUAUUAAAUGAAACCAUUGCAAGUCGGUUAAAAUUUUCUAUUAAAAGUUUAUUUUAUUCGACUUAACUAUUUUUUCCAAAAACAGAUUUCAUGGGUUUUCUUGCUAAAACGACUUUCAGAAAUUUCUCAAAGCCUCCUGAUGUUUUGUAUAAAUUUGCUGAGCCUAAAAGUAGUCCUUGUGGAAAAUAGAAAUUAUAUUUGUUUGCCGAGAGCUCCAAUUGAAGUGAAAUUAAUGGGAUUUGAAAUAGAGCCAGAUAAGUUGAAAGCGAUGAGAAGGACUAUGAACUUUAGAGCUGAGACUUCAUUUCUUGAUGGAAAAGUUAGCUUUAACGUAUUUCAGCUUGUUAGGCUGCUAGGCAGCUUGCUAGGGAAAUGCAAACAAGAGUAA